AUGACACCGGAACCAUACAGGAAUGGCAAGAUCAAGAGUCAUGAGAUAGUAAGAGUUCAAAAUGUGAUCGUGGUAUACAUUCUAGUUAUAUCUAUCAAGCCGAAGGUUGCCAAGGGAAACUGUUACCCACUUUUCGUACCACCCCUAAUUCAGACCACCUUUUUAUACCAAGAAUGA